AUGUCCUGCCGCCUCUCUGGCAAAGUCAGCAGCGCAGAGGACCUAUGGCAAAUGUGCUCUCGAGCACGCAGUGGCUGGUCGGCCAUCCCCAAGGACAGAUGGAGCCAGCAGGGCUACUUCCACCCCAACGCGUCAAGAACGGGAACAUACAACGUCGAGGGAGGUCACUUUAUCGAAGAAGACGUUGGGCUAUUCGAUGCCCCCUUCUUCAACAUCUCUGCACAAGAGGCAAAGUCCAUCGACCCGCAACAAAGACUGCUGCUGGAAUGCACGUACGAGGCGUUUGAAAACGCCGGUGUUCCGAAGGAGACGGUGAUUGGGAAGAAUGUGGGAGUCUUCGUGGGCGGAUCGUUCUCCGACUACAGUCUGUUCUGUCUCCGCGAUGUCGAGGUUGCACCUCCGUAUGAGGCUACGGCUUGCUCCUCAACUCUGGCGGCACUGCAUCUUGCGUGCCAAAGCCUACGAUCGGGCGAGUCGAGCCAAGCUAUCGUGGGAGGCAGUCACCUCAACCUGGUCCCCGAAAUAUUCGUGUCCAUGUCGAACCUGAGGCUACUAUCACAAGAAGGCAAAUCUCGGUCCUUUGACAACUCAGCAGCUGGAUUUGGUCGUGGCGAAGGUAUCGGCUGCAUUAUUCUAAAAACCUUGGACGAUGCAAUCCGAGAUGGCGAUCGUAUUCGAGCGGUCAUCAGGAAUUCCGGUAUGAAUCAAGAUGGCAGAACUCAAGGCCUGUCCAUGCCCAACGGUGCCGCGCAAGCUGAAUUGAUUCGCUCCGUGUACGACUCAGCGGGUCUGGAUCCCCGAGAGACAGGGUACGUCGAGGCACACGGUACUGGUACCAAGGUCGGCGAUCCGAUCGAAGCCUCGGCUCUACACUCAGUCUUUGGCGAAGGAAGAACACCCAAGGAGCCGCUCUACGUCGGCUCAGUCAAGUCCAACGUUGGCCAUGCUGAGGGAUCGAGUGGUAUCUUGGCCGUCAUCAAGACGGCUAUGAUGCUAGAAAAGGGGUUCAUCCUGCCGAACAUCCACUUCAAGAAGGCCAACGAGGCAAUACCUCUUGCGGAAUGGAAUAUCAAGGUCCCCAAAACACAACUGCCCUGGCCCAGGAAGAAACGCUUUGCCAGCAUCAACAACUUCGGCUUCGGAGGCACAAACUGCCAUGUCGUGCUGGAAGGACCUCCAAAGCCAUCAAAAGCAGCGAGGGCGAACGCGCAGAAGCCGAAUGGUACCUCUGGCAUGCUGGAAGGCCUCAGUUCCAGCCAAGUGACAGCAUCCAAGCUGGGCAUCGCCAGCCACAAGAUCAGGUUCUUGUUCAUGCUGUCAGCACACAGCGAUAAGUCUGUCAAGUCACAGAUGAAGGAACUGCAGAUGUACUUGGAACAGCGACCCGAGACACUAGAGCUGUCGUUCAUGGGGAAACUUGCGUACACUCUUUGCCAGAAGCGAUCAUUCUUGCCCUGCAAGGUAGCCCUUUCGGCAACGACAUCGUCGGAACUCAUCCAGAAGCUCUCUAACCCUGAUCUCAAGCCUAUAUCGUCUUUCCACACCCCGAAGCUGGCGUUUGUCUUUACCGGACAGGGUGCACAGUGGUACGCCAUGGGGCGGGAACUGAUUGAGAUUUACCCGGUAUAUGCGUCGAUCAUUGAGGCAGCAGAUUCAUACCUGAGGAGCCUGGGUGCAUCUUGGUCUCUCAAGGAUGAGCUACUGAAGGACAAGGAAUCGUCUUUGGUCGGCCAGGCAUACAUCAGUCAGCCAGUGUGCACAGCUGUACAGGUUGCUCUUGUGCAGCUAUUGUCAACAUGGGGCAUCCAUCCAGCUGCAGUUGUUGGCCAUUCAAGCGGCGAGAUAGCUGCGGCGUUUGCCGCUGGCAUUUUGUCCCUAGAGUCUUGCCUUCAGAUUGCAUACUAUCGCGGUCUGGCUACCAUUAACUUCAAAUCGCAGUAUCCUCACUUGCGAGGAUCGAUGAUGGCCAUUGGGGCUGGACCUGACGAAGUUCAACCUUUGAUAAAACGGAUACAAUCUGGUCGCGUUGUUGUAGCAUGUAUCAACAGCCCCUCCAGUGUCACAGCGGCGGGCGACGAAGAUGCUAUCAACGAACUGGCUACUCUUGUGGAAGAGCAGCGGAUCUUUAACCGGAAGUUGCGCGUCGACAUGGCGUACCAUUCACACCACAUGGAGCUUGUGGCUGAUGAGUAUCUCUCCUCUCUGAAAGAGAUCAAGCCCCGAGAGUCUUCAAAUGUUGAAUUCUUUUCAUCGGUGACUGGCUCACGGAUCGAUUGUUCUGAGCUUGGGGCCACGUACUGGGCCAGGAACCUCACAAGCCCAGUUCGGUUCGGCGAAGCCUUGCGAACAAUGUGUAUCUCGCUCAAGGAAAAUAUUUCAUCUCAGCAGGAGAACGUUGUAUUGGUCGAGGUUGGACCUCACGGAGCGCUUGAAGGCCCCGUGAAGCAGACACUCAAAGCAGCCGGCGUGGCAGUGACUGGCAUCGACUACAGCCCAAGUCUGGUUCGCGAUGUAGAUGCAGUGGAAGCCAUGCAUCAACUUGCGGCCAAUCUCACGGCAAGAGGGAAGAAACUUGAAUACGAGGCUAUUAAUUUUCCACGAGGACGCGACAAAACUGUCAGCUUGUUGACGGAUCUGCCGAGGUAUCCUUGGCAGCACAACACUCGGUACUGGCACCAGUCGCGCAUUGGAGACAAUCACUGCUUUGGAAGAAACUUCCCUCGCAACGAUAUCCUCGGAGCACUGGCUGACGAUUCCAAUGAUCUGGAGCCAAGGUGGCGAAACAUCAUCCGACUCGAGGAUAUGCCUUGGCUGCGGGACCAUCAAAUCCAAUCGAAUAUUGUCUUCCCAAUGGCCGGCUACGUGACCAUGGCUAUGGAGGCGGCAUAUCAACGUGCAAUGGCCCGAAACGUCAAAUUUGACCGAUAUGAGUUCCGGGAGAUUUCAGCAAAUCGGGCCCUGCUGAUUGACGAGUCCACCGAUGUUGAAACGAUGAUCACGCUGCGGCCUUACAACGAGGGCACGAAGAAGUCCACCGAUUCAUGGGACGAGUUCCGAAUCUUGGCCUGGACUGCCGACAAGGGGUGGGUUGAGCAUUGCCGCGGGCUAGUCGGCGUUCAAAAGGACCCUGCCAUCAAUGCUGUCGACGGCGAGAGACACGCUUCCGCAACCAAGCACGCCCUAGAAAGGCGAAAGUCCAUGAUGGAAACCAGAUGCGAUGAGAAUGUGGACAUCUCACUGCUUGCCUCCAACCUGAAAAACUUGGGCGUGUACUAUGGCCCAGCUUUCCAGAGCUUCGUCGAGUGUCGAACAACGGAGCAGCUUGCCGUGGCAGAAGUUGAGCUGGCGGACACGGCCAUCAUGAUGCCACACAAGUUUGAGCCUGAGCUCAUUAUGCAUCCUGCGCAUCUGGAUCUUGUGAUUCAAAUCCUGUGGCCGUUGUUGGGUGCGGGCCGCAAGGGCUGGGACAAGAUCUACAUGCCUUCAGGUUUCAAAAGGUUGAGCAUUUCUCCCAAUGUGGUCAAGGCACCUGGAAGCCGUCUGCGCGUGUAUGGGUCAUCACCCAAGAUCUCGCCUACAGCUGUGAAGCCUGUAGAGUUGGAUGUGUUUGCGACCCAGGAAUCGAACCCAAGCGAAGCAUGCGUUGUGCUUGAAGGCUACACCAUCACGCCCGUGUACCAUGAUACGAGUGAUGUGGGCAGCAACAACAAGAGGAACCUCUGCUACAAGAUGGAUUGGGAGACCACCGAGUCGAACAUACUCGUUCCAUCGCAGCUACCAGACACUGAGGUUGUCAUCAUUCGGGAUGAUCGCCCUCUUUUCCCAACCUCGCAACUGGAAGCUUCGAUACAUGAGCUGACAGGCAAACCACCCCAAGUCCGCACCUUAAACGAUGCGAAGCCCGAGCCUAAGACUUACAUCUUUGUCCAAGAACUUGACAAGUCCCGGCUUGACAAGAUGAUCCCGGCGGAAUUUGGCCGGCUACAAGAGAUCCUCCUGAGCGCCAAGGGUGUUCUAUGGGUGGUCCGAGGAGCAUACCAAGACAGCACGUCGCCGAAUGGAAACAUGGCAAUUGGCCUGGCACGAACUGUCCGAGCAGAGACAGGACUAAAGUUUGCCACUCUGGACCUUGAUCACCCUCGAGACGACUCGGCUUCCAUCUCUCACAAAGCCAUCGUGGAUACGUUUGUCUCAGUGUUUGGUCCCGAUGUUGUGGACGGUGAAGUAGACAUGGAGUAUGCGGAGCGGAGCGGCACUUUGUAUGUUCCUCGCGUCAAUAACGAUGACUCGAUGAACAAGUUUGUCCACCAGCAGCUUCGAGCGUCUGAUCCGGAGCCACAGCCAUUCUAUCAAGAAGGCAGGCCGUUGAAAUUGACCAUCAGCAACCCUGGCCUACUCGACACACUGCAUUUCAUCGACGACUACACCUUGUCUGGCCCUCUGGAGGAGAAAUACGUCGAAAUCGAGGUCAAAGCUGUUGGGCUCAACUUUAAGGACGUCAUGAUUGCCAUGGGUCAUUUGGCCAAUGAGCACAUUGGUAUUGAGUGCAGUGGUGUGGUGACCAAAGUCGGCUCAGGGGUCCAAGAUCUGCAGCCCGGGGAUCGUGUCUGUGCAAUCGCAGAAGGCUCUUUCGCCAGUCUCAUCCGCUGCAGAGCCACGAGUGUCGCCAAGCUCAACGACUCUAUACCUUUCCAGGAGGCUUGCACAAUACCCGUCAUCUGGAGCACAGCUUACUACUCGCUCGUUCGCGUCGCGCGUCUUGAAAAGGGAGAGAAAGUUCUCAUCCAUGCUGCUGCCGGUGGCGUCGGGCAGGCAGCAAUCAUCCUUGCCCAAAUGAUUCAGGCCGAGAUCUUCGUCACGGUGAGCAGUGCGGAGAAGAAGCAGUACCUCAUCAACCAGUACAGCAUACCCGAGGACCACAUCUUCUUCAGCCGUGACACGACUUUUGCUAGCCAGAUCCAGAAGGCUACGGACGGCCAAGGUGUGGACGUUGUGCUGAACUCACUGGCCGGCGACGCCUUGUUGGCCACUUGGCAAUGUCUUGCCUCGUUCGGCCGCUUUGUCGAGAUUGGGAAGCGCGACAUUGUGACAAACACGAGGUUGGAGAUGGCUCCAUUCGCAAAGAACGUCACUUUCAGCUCCGUCGACCUUGUGGUCGUGCUGGCGGAACGACCGCUCCUGAUGAAGUCGAUUCUCAACGAUGUUUUUGACUUGCACAGCAGAGGAGUCGUGAAACCUAUCACGCCGCUUUCCGUGUAUCCAGUGUCGCAGAUAGAGGCCGGCUUCCGUUCGUUGCAGAGUGGCAAGAACCUGGGGAAGAUUGCAAUCACCUUUGGAGCCGACGAUGUUGUUCAGGCCGUACCCGCCAAAUCUUCGGACACAUUGCUGCGUGCUGAUGCUUCGUAUCUCAUCAUUGGUGGCACCGGUGGUCUCGGUCGAAGUAUGACCAGGUGGAUGUCGCGAAAAGGGGCAAAGCGCAUUGUCCUUGCUUCCAGGUCGCCAAGGGUCUCCAAAGAUGUCCAAACUUUGAUUGACGAACUGGAUCCGGAAGGGACUGAAGUGGCCGUCCAACAAUGUGAUGUUUCCAACUCCGCGGACGUGGAAAAGCUCGUUGCGGAUAAUCAGGAUAAAGCUCCCAUCAGGGGGGUCAUCCACAGCGCCAUGGUUCUUCAUGACAUCCUGUUCGAAAAAAUGACCUUUGAUGACUACAACACCGUCAUCCAGCCCAAGGUUUCUGGCGCUUGGAAUCUGCACAGCAGUCUCCUACAGCAUGAACUGGACUUCUUCAUCAUGCUGUCCUCUGCAGCUGGUACGAUUGGCAACAAAGGUCAAGCCGCGUACUCAGCUGGCAACACGUUUAUGAAUGCAUUCGCUCAGUACAGACUGCGAAAACGUCUCCCAGCCACUUCCAUUGAUUUGGCUGCUGUGAGUGACGUUGGGUACUUGGCUGAAAAUGCUGAGAAGAAGGACCUCGUCAUGAGCUCCAUCGGCAGCGGAGCUGUCAGUGAGCUCGAGCUUCACGCACUCCUGGCGGCAGCCAUCAGCAACAAGAUGGCAACAAGCUGUAGCAAUCAUUGCAUUACCGGACUGGAUCUUGUGCCAGGAGCAGCACCGCCGUCAUGGAUUUCCGAUGCAAAGUUCAUCCCUAUUCGACCCCUGGUCGAUGUCAACGCAAAGACGACGGCCUUGGUCUCGUUACGCGAGUCGCUCAAGAAGGCCGCGAGCUUGGAAGAAGCAGAAUCACUCGUGUUCGAGGGACUUGUGAACAAGGUCUCUGCGAUUUUGAUGAUCGAGAAGGAUGACAUUGAUGGUCGGCAACCGAUUGCCGCGUAUGGUUUGGACUCACUCGUUGCUGUGGAAAUCAGGAACUGGGUGACGAAGCAGACUGAUGCCAAUCUCCAGGUAUUGGAGUUGCUGUCCAGUGGCUCUUUGAUCUCACUGUCGCAGAAUAUUGUCAAGAAGUCUGCGCUGUUGGAUGCGAAGUUGUUGCAGGGCAACGCUGACUAG